UGGCACCUGCGCAGUAUCCACUUGUCACUCUCCCACCGCCGCGUGCGCACCGCCGCGUCCGAACAAACACGCGACUCCCGCGCACGUGCGCUUUACUUUUACAACUUUUUUUUUUCGAAAAAAUCUGUGGAACGUUUUGUGUGCGAACUGUGUUGUGUUUGGAACAUUGCUUGAAUUCUCGACUGCUGUUCGCUGAUUCUGUGUUUUGAAGAUUACGACGAUGCGGCUUCGACGCGGCUUCGCUAUAGGCGUUCUGCUCAUAUUACACAUGAGUGGUACUCUUAGUGACCAGUCAUCCAAUGAGAGCGGUGGCGGCGGUGGUGGAGCUGGAUCGGACACCAGUAGUGCUGCCGAGCCAUCUGGAGACCAACUAGCCAUGGAGUCUUCAGAACGAGACACCCCGAGCCAUGCGUACAACGGACCUCCUCCACCGGCCCCGCCACCACAUAACAGGAGGCAGAACCCACCGCAUCAUCAGGCACAUCACCCACUAGGCAUGCCGAGAAUCCCGAAUCACCAUCAAAUCCAUGCAAAGCCGUUCGCCAUGGGACCACCAGUGAAUCACCACAAGAAUGACGUCGGUCCUGGCUUCCGGGGACCACCGCCACCUCCUGCACCUCCCGCUGAUGCUCAGACUUCUGCUAGCGACAAGGUCUUCAGCGGAGCUGGUGAUGUCUGGCCAGCCCCUGCACCAGACAUGCCCAAGAUUGUUUCCUUGGACGUGAAAUGUGAAAAGAACGCAAUGAGAGUAUUCCUCAGUUUUGACAAACCAUUCUUCGGUAUCGUAUUCUCAAAGGGACACUACUCCAACCAUCAGUGUGUACAUCUCCCGCCAAACCUAGGAAGAACGUCUGCCUCUUUUGAAAUUGGAGCCCAUGCUUGUGGAACAGCUGGCAGUGGAGACCCAAGGUACAGGGGAGACGUCGCAGCAGCUGGAACUUACUUCGAAAACGUUAUAGUAAUACAAUACGAUCCUCAAGUGCAAGAAGUAUGGGAUCAAGCAAGAAAACUUAGGUGUACGUGGCACGACCAGUACGAAAAGGCAGUUACUUUCCGACCAUUCCCUGUAGACAUGCUGGAUGUAGUUCGAGCAGAUUUUGCUGGUGACAACGUUGGCUGCUGGAUGCAGAUUCAAGUCGGCAAAGGCCCAUGGGCUUCCGAAGUAUCUGGCUUGGUGAAGAUUGGACAAACCAUGACAAUGGUUCUCGCAAUCAAGGACGACGACGCCAAAUUCGAUAUGUUAGUCCGCGAUUGUGUUGCUCAUGACGGUCAACGCGCUCCUAUACAAUUAGUCGAUAGGCGAGGCUGUGUAACCCGACCAAAACUGAUGUCUAGAUUCACAAAGAUAAAGAACUUCGGAGCCAGUGCCAGUGUGUUAUCGUAUGCUCAUUUCCAAGCCUUCAAGUUCCCCGACUCAAUGGAAGUGCACUUCCAAUGUACGAUCCAGAUUUGCAGAUACAGAUGUCCAGAGCAAUGUUCAGAUGGCAACCCCAAUGUGAUCGCACCACACGCUGAAUACGGACCGCCACAGAUUGACGCGUACCAACAAGUUGGUAUUGAAGCUAGACGUGAUGAAAGGAGAGUAAGGAGGCAGCGACGAGCCACUUCCCCUGAGAAGGAAGUUGGUGUGAACAGGGUUAUUCGAGUGGUCUCUGCUGGUGAUUUAAAUAUGGAUACUUCAGAAGAAACCACUGCACCUAAAGUAGUUCCCACGCCGGGACUCGUUUGUAUGACUACGCCUGGAUUUGCUGCAACGUUAGGAGCUCUUCUCGCUACAUUAUUAUGUUCAUGCGCGGUAUCCGCAGUUUUGUUCUUAAAGUUACGACCAAUCUCGACUCUGAAGAAGAAGACAGCUGCCGUGACGACGAUAGCCCGGCCGCACCCGCCCACCGCACAUGUAAUUUCAAAGAGUCGCUUCUACUCGUAACAGAGCGUGUAUAACCUAAUUUGUACAUAGUAGUGUGAUGAGACUGAAGUAUAUAGACCAUGCCAAUUAUUUAUUUGCGUAUUAUAUGAGUGCUCAAAUGAAUGUAGUUAAUCUGGAAACCCUUACUUAGCAUUAAAUCAAUUUAUGUGUAGCUUAACAGACCGUUGAACUUCAGUUAAAUCGUAUUGAUUCCUAUUUAUGAAACAGUUGAAUUGACAUUUGAUUCAGCAGUGUUUGUUGCAACUGUGUUGUUAACUAAAGAGUUUAUUUAGUUGUUGAAUUAUUCUUUAGUUGUUUUCGCGUUGUUAGAACAAAUUAAAAACACAAAUUGUAGUAUUAAAAUAUUUUAAGUACAAUCUUCUGUUACCUCUUUUCGAAUGUCCAUUUGAAGUAGGGGCAACGGAAAAUAUAUCAUACGGAAUAUCAACAUAGGUGAACCGCUAGAUUGUAAUUUAAAAUAACUUGUCAUUAGUAUUAAUAUAUUUAUUUUUAAUUAAGUCUUAGUCAUUAUUACGAGUACGUAUAGCGAUUUAUUUAUUUUUUAUACCACCUGAGUACCUCUUCUUCUUAUUUUAUUGUUUUUCUUCGCAUUAUUAUUUAAAGGUUUAUUAAAUGUUACAAUGGAGUUUAAAUGUUUCAUAUUAAUUUAUUUUAUAAACGAGUUGAAUUAUUUAAAUCGAGGUUGUACCAUAUACAUGUUUGAUGGUUUUAUAAAAUUUGUAACAGUAAAUUUGAAAAU